CGUGCGCCUCGCGAGCACGCGGCACAGCGCAUCAACCCAACCUCCUCGUGCGUGGCGCGCCGCGCCGUCUCGCCCCGGCCCCGACGGCUCCCCAGGCGCCUCGAGACGCGCCAAGUCGACUUCGCGCGCGCUCUUCGGUAGUCGGUGGACCAGUCCCGUGCGUUCGGUUCUCCCCUUGACGUUUUAAACCGAGACCGGAGGACAGUGCCAUGAACGGGACCUACCAGCCGAGGGCUGCCGCUCUGCAGCAACAGCGCUUGCAGCAGUCACAGCUGCAAGGGGGAAACGACGAGCUGCGGGGCCCCAAGUGCGCCCGCUGCCGCAACCACGGCUUCCGCAUCCGCGUGCGAGGUCACAAGCGCAACUGCCGCUUCAAGGACUGUGUGUGCCCCAAGUGCAAGCUGAUCGCCGAGCGCCAGCGCGUGAUGGCGGCCCAAGUGGCGCUGCGCCGGUCGCUGGCCCAGGACGAGGCUCUGGGCCUUGUGCCGAUAAUCGCGAUGCCGCAUGGAGUCGCACCGCACGACGCCGGCGGGGACUCGGCUGACGCCACGGCCAACGCUGCCGCUCAUGGGCCUCCCUCGUCGUGGGCACAGCAGCGUCGGCUGGCCGCUUCGCCGCUCGGGAGCAACGCGGCCAAUGCGGCAGCGGCGGCAGCGCAGACGGCCGCCGCGGCCGCAGCUUUCAGGGCGGUCGCCGCCGCCGCAGCAUCUCCGGCACCCUCUGGGAGCCCCCUGGACCUGCAGAAGCUCGGCCUGAGCGAGGCGGCACUCCUGUACGGAGGCUUGCCCUCCUCGUGGUUCCUGCAGAACCUGCCGUCGCCGGCACUCAUGUACCAGGCUCUGGGCGGACUGCCGUACCCGCCUUACCCGUACUACCACCCGCAGCCCGCGUACCCGUACCGCUCGUCGGGCUGCUACUCGUACCCGGUGGCCAGCGGGUCUCCUCCCGUGGGAGCCACGUCGUCGGGACCGGUGGGAACCGGCGGUGCUGCCGCCACCGGAGGAGCGGCCGCCGUGGCCGCCGCUGCCGCAGCCGUGUACGCCCCGCACCUACUGGCCGCCCAGGCAGCAGCAUCCAUGAGCUCCGGCUGCCCCUCGUCGCGCAGUCCCGAACUGGCGGCCGACUUGGCGGCGGGACCCGUGUUCGGCGGCGUCUUCCGGCCCGUGGCACUCAUGACCACCAGGACAGCACCGCCGCAGCCACCUCUGUCGGCGACGCCCCCCAACGACGAGUCGAGCGACCUGUCGGAGAGCGAGCGGCCUCGCAGCGCCAAGGAGUCGCUGGCGUUCACCACGGAGGCCGCCCUCACCACGCCGCUCAGCUUCGCCAGGGUCAAGGAUGUGCGCUGAGACGACGGACGGGCCGCGUGUCCGCUCACACCAACGACAGGCGGUGCUUGGACGGACGCCGCGCCUUGGGCGCGCUGAGAAAAUCACUUUCACAAUUCACUCGGGUGGGUAACGCCGCAGCUGCUGAAGAUAUAGAAUAAAUAAAUUAAUUAAUUAUAAUUAGUUACUCGCGGAUAAGCAUAACGUCAAACUAAGCGUCUCACCGAAGCUGCUCACGCACGAGAACGACAAGCACUUCAGCCGCCUUCGAGCGCCACCUCCAAGGUCCGCCAGCGGGCCUGACUGAAUCUGCUCCUUCGACCUCGGGCAGCUUCCCAGCGGCAAGGCCAUUUGGUCGACAACGUAUGAAGACUUCGUACUCAACAGUGUCCGCGAUAAAUGAACUGAUUUAGAGAGAGAGUUCUAGGAACAAUUUUUGUCUCCAUUGUCACCUCCCAGUUUUGGUGCGGUUAUGCAUGUAGUAACUGUACAUGUACAAACGCAGAGAUACAUACAUGUGAUUUAUAGUGUUCCUGUUUUGCAGACCUCGUGCGCCGCUAACGGCGCCGAGCAACGCCCGCCCUCGAUGAGCUUAAGUUCGUUCACUAGCGUGCUGUUCGUUUGUUUCUCUGUUCUGUAUCGCCUACGUGUGCAUUUGCAUUCUGUUCUAUUCCAAUUGUGUGUGUGGUGUACGUGUGCAUGGUUGAGACAGAGAGAGAGUUGGACAACGGGUCGCGCAUGCGCAUGCACCCACCAGCGCUACCCGUGAGAUGCCUGAACGCCCGGGUACCAGAGGACAAUGAACAAGCUGAACGAAUGGACUAGCAUCAGCUGUGCAACCUAGUACUUAGUAAUGCUGUGCGCGCAGCAAAAAAAAAAAAAAAAAGGGGGGGGGGGGAGCCAGAACGGACACCUGUCCGGUGUAGUUGCUGCCCACAGUCGCAGCUGUACGGCCGACAGCGAAACCUCAGUUUUGCGUCAAAGAAAUAUCUAAGUCGAGGAAAACGCAUUCCCUCUGACAUUGGCGGCGGCUGGAUUCGUUUGCGAGAAACCAGAUCUUUCUUCUUAUUUUAUUUUUAAAUGCCGGCAUUAGAGUAUAGCCGAGAGGCGCUUUGUCGUUGUGUAGCGCGUAUUUUCGAUUGUUAGCUGUCGAGUUGAUCCUACGGUGAAAAAGACACGGCGCUUGUACGACGACAGCCACGGAAGCUAUAUACUGUAUACCGCCAGCAAACUCAGAAAAAAAAAAGUUGUAUUGCAAAAACGUUCAGACAGCGCGAACUGAACAGCUUGUGCCAUAAAUUUUUAUUUUCUAGUUAUUGAACCCACAGUAGAACCGCGAAUCGCUCGCUAUUUUACCCUGUCACAAGAGUGCCAAGCUUGUGCGUUGAGCUAGUUUGUUUACUUAAUUGGUGAAAUAUGAAGAUUCGUUCCCCGCUACACACCGUAAAGGUGCUUCCAACUCAAGGGCUCGUGCCCUUGUAGCAAUGUAAUCAGAGAUUUGACAGUGAAUGAUUCCAUAAGAUGCAAUUAAAUACUGAGAAGUGAGAAAAAAAGUGAAUUUGGCAUAAAAAAUGCAUGGCACUGUCACGAAGCGGGGUUCUGCUGGCGUUGUUUGUCCAACUCAUUUUAUCAUUAUGUUUUUCUUUCUCUUCGUUUUGGCAGAAUUUUCACAAUAAAAUAACAAUUUCUAUCUACUGCCUACGUUAGUAAUUUACACUGACGUCGCAGCGAAAUUCAAACGUUUCAUAAUGGCAAGCUUAAGAUGCAGGAACUUAACGAGCCCACGUCUUCAAUUGGGAAGUUAGGACAGAUUCUAGUUCAGUCAUCUUACCAAUAAGAGAACAUAGGCUUUCGUAGUGUGAUGCUUGUUACCGUCGUGUCGCGGUUGCUACUAGCGUUCCGAAACUUCAAUCAAUUUUGUAUCACACCCGGCGAAUUCACACAUUGUCCAACGGCAUACAACCUCCGUGAUUUUUGGGAGCUUAAGUCAAGCCUGCUAGUAUUUAGAGCAAAUACAGCAGGUAGUGGGAGAGCUGAACAGAACUAGCAAAUACGUCGCGAUCGCAAUCGAAGAUUUGCCGAGCUUAAAGCCGUUAACACUAGGGCAGAAAACGUUGGUCACUCCCAAGCUUCAGUGACAGCUUUAUACAAUGGUUGCAUGAAUGUGAACCGCUUUAUUUUUGGAAUGUCUGUAAGGAGAUGAAGGACAGAGUGUGUGCUCAUGGUAUUUUGCUACGAUAGGUUUUACGAUAGGUUAGUCAUGUCUCGCGAAGCGUAAGUAAUUAAGUGGACUGCUGUUUGAAGUGUUAAUAUGUAGACGCACCAAACUAUUACAGCCUACGAUGACCAAAAAUAUGCCAUUUGCGAAGGUGCCGGAGCGCUCAAAGUUCCGUUACGACAGCCGAUUCAGUGCGUGUGCGUAUAGAUAUAGGUGUGUGUAUUGAUAAGAUGUCAGACGAGCGUAUCUAAGCCACAGGUGAAGUAUUCUCGACCAGGGCACGUUCUAAUGAACACGAGGGGUGGUUCUGCCGUGGCUACGCGAAUUGCCUAGUAUUUCUCACAAUGCAGUUGCGCUGUAUAAAGCCAAUGGCGCGUAUAAGAUUCGGAUUGACAUUCGAUUCUUUUAUCACACUAGGGUUAUUAGUGCAAGACGCCAUGGACAAAAAUGGAAACAUUUCCCACUAAAAAAGCAUAAAGAGUGGCCAGUCGACUAGUAAUGUUGUUUUCCUUUAACAUAAUUUACGACAACUCAGAUCUUCAGAUGACAGCAGAUCUAAUCAAAGACUUUCCAUAAUGCAGUCUAGCAGUGUGGUUGAGUAAGAAGCCUAUCAACACUGUUAUUUAUCCACGAACUAUUUAUAUUCACAAAUAGUCACCCGACUUUUUGGCAGGACAAAUGUGUAGACUCAUGGAGGAACUCGAAAAAUCAUAUUAGCGCGCUUAACAAAGGAUUAGUGCGUGUCGUGUUUUGAAAAACGUGAAACCAGAAGUGCAAUUUUGAUGAUGGUGGUUGCAAUUGCACACCCUUUCUGUGUGCGCAUGCCAGUCUGAUGUACAAAGUCUUUACAGUGUAUUAUUGUUUUUUUUAAACGUGACUUCAUCGCUUCCUAAUAAUUUAAGUGUUCUGCUUUCAUUCUCAUGUUGAAAACAGAAUGUCUUAAUUCCUUCUAGUUUCUCUCGCUUUUGAAACUUUCUUCAUCAUUCAAACUACAAUAUGUAAUCAUAUUUGCUUUGUAAUCGGCAUUUGUAAUUGAAAUAUCAAGGCUUCAUUCACAAUUCAUGUGCUUUCGUUAUAGUGCCCAUUGCAGCAAGGGCAUUGCCGUGGUCACGUUGUCAAAGUAUGUCGAUACAAACACAGAAUAAAUUCAGAAUAAAUUCAAAGCAAACAUUUAUAUCGUGGGCAGGGUCGUGGAACCGAUAUAACGAGAUAGCCGCGUUUGACGAAGGACCCGCCGUGGCAUUUCCCCGAAAUUCCGGCAAUCUUCUAAUCUCGGGAAAAUCGAAUUGCAGAAUCUGCAAUCGCUUUAUCAUGGACGCAUGUGCACACAGAAGGCGGAUGCAGUCAUGAGCUGUGAUAGACGUGCCGCAGAUAGGGGAGGGCUUGCGUCAUCAGAUGACGGAAGACUUCUUUCUGCCCGGUGCAUAAAGUAUUCGAGGUUUACCCGUGAGGAGCGAAGUCAAGUGCAUUCAGAAGACCGGAAGACGACGGCCCAAACGCGCAAGUCUUCAAUCAUUGCCUAUGCAGGAGUAUAGUGGGGCGCCGCUAUAGGUUUACAGAAAACAACUGCCGGUUGUAAGAAAACGUUAAACAAGCCUGUCUUCAAGCAAGUGCUAAGAAAGUCGUGCGCAAUCUAUCUGCUUUCGUUUUAUUACUUUUCUGCUAAGUCCGGUGCGUACUGAAUUCUGAAAGAGCGCAAGAUAUUACGUCAUGUUGAUCAAAACCUAGCAAUACCGUUUAGCAUUGCCUUGGAGGCAAGUCUGAUUCACAGCAGUGAACAAAACCAUACGAUACCUUGGUUCAGUAUAUCUCACUGGCUUUUCAAACCUUGAAUGCGUGCAUAAGAACACGAAAGCGGAAGCCGAAAGUUAAUGAAAGCAGGCAGAAUAUGCAGUCGACGUCUCAGAAUCUCUGAAGCAGCCAAACAUUACCGCAGCCUGAGCAGAUAGCCUGGAGUUUAGAUCUGCAAUUUGGACUAUAGCAUGUAACACCACCACAUGUACUGUCUUACUGAUUCCAGGCAAACGCUAUGCGGGUAUACAACUAUUUCGUGGAAAUCAUGCUCCGUAGAUUUUUGACGCCGGCUGCACCUUCUGGCUGUAUAGUUAUUCAUUAUGGACAACGCUACACAAAAGAAAGUAACCGGUUGUCCGCUAGACGUCUCAUAUAUCUUUCUGCGAAAAAAAAAAAGAAAAGAGAAACAUAGCUUUCUGUUCACUGCUGUGCUGUUCGUUUUCUUGCGACCGAGCCCCGGUGACUGUGAUACGAUGAUAGUAGUAAUUGUGGUCGAGGAGUGAAAGCCACGCAAGCACAUAAUAGUCUUGGAGAGCGAACCUUACACAGAAAGGAGCUAUGCACUUUUCUUUUUCUGUCGAGCUGGUAUCUGACCGCGGCGCGUGUGAUAUAGACGAGACUUUUGUACAGGAUCUUUAUUCGCGGAGAGACCGUUCGGGAGUGGCCCUUGGCUUCGGGCAAGCCGCACAGAAUAUACGCGAAGCGCGCAGUGCAAGAGUUGCCGCGAGGCAACGCGAAUUGCACACAGAACACAAAUGUACCGCGGCAACGAGGUCAACCAGUGGCUUCCAAAGCUAUGUGCGCGUUACCGCGAUGUACUUAUUGUAGUUACGUCCGCUUAGCCGCAUUUACUAGAACACUGGCCAGCCUCGCGUCUUGAGACCCUGUACGUCGCGGAGAACGUGCGAAGGCACUCCGACGAGGUCGACCGAGCCGUUGGGAUUUUGUAUAGCUGUGGAAUGGGCCAUUCAACCCAGCGGUUUUUGCUUUCGUUUGUCUGGAAUGCAUAGGAUUUGUGUGCGCGACGACAUUUUGGUACCGUGUGCAUGUGUGUAAAGGAAAGCGUAAAUGUGGUACGAGUCGUGAAUUAUUUUUCAGUUUUUCCCGCGGCGGCUGCCUACUCUGUUCUUGUUCGAGUGUGCUUGAGCGCAUGUUGAUAAUGUGCACGUUAUCGCAGCCACUGGCAUUUCUUUUUCAUAAAGAGACACUGUUAACGAAAUGGUCGAGUAUCAUAAAUACAACUUAGACGAAGCAGUUCUGUGAAUUCAGUGGGCUGGUGGGGCAGUCUCGUCCUGGCAAAAGCACCGUGUAUGGACAUAAUUGUCUACAUAUGACAGCAACAUGAUAACUAAACUGUUGCUUCUGCGAAUGGAUAAUGGUAGCUUUGGGCUAGAGCCAGGAUAAUCACUCCAGAGAUGGCUUCAAAACAGUCUUCAUUCUCCCUUACCCUAGGCUCCCUUUUUUUUUUUUUUUUUCUAUAAGGAAAGUUGAGAAAUGACGACUAAACGUUCGUACGUCUUCGGAAGCGCUGUUUUGGAGCAUGUCAAGCAAAGACCUGCAUGUUCAUUUUUCUUGUAUAAUGAUGAAUGGCGCAUAGUUGACAUUCACUAGAAAUAUAAAGAAAUGUCAAAUGGUGUGCCAAUUUGUUUACACCCAUUCUGUACAUGAUGUACACACUUGCGUAUGCCCAUUGUGAUCGUUAUGUCGUCUGUCAAAACAGGGUUAUAUACAGUACCUAAAAAAAUAACAACAAUGUCCACUUUUGUUUCUUUUCUUUUUGAGUCGAGAGUGUGAAUGGCUAGUCCACUAACUAUGCUCUCUUUGUUAAAUUUAAGAUUUCAAUAGAUGUUCCAGUGAAACCGUCUUGUCAAAACGAGCCGAGUCAAGGAAGGCUCGGCGUAUCAUGGCCACGAGACCGUGACACCUUGCAUAUCACUGUAAAGUUGUAAAGUGCAUUUCGAGGUCUAUAUGAGACAUUGUGUGCCAUGCACCAUGCUUGCAGAGUUUAUAAAACCAAGUGUUAUGUGUGCUUGCGUGAACGUGAAGCUUCCAUGUCACCUGCCUGCCCAUUGCAACAUAUGCUACCGAACCAACCAGAAAAAAAAAAAAGGAAAGCUUUGCUGUGUCGUGAAGCCGCUGCUCUCCAGCGAUUCUUUUCCUUCUUACCUUCGUUAUUCUGUCGCCUGCUACACUGGCGCCGCACGAUGACUGCCAGCCGAACGCUUUGCCAUUAUCUUGUAGCAAAAACGCACAGUCACGUGAUAGUUUAUACCUGGGAUCAACUUUCAGACCGCUACAGAUGUGCAGAGCGUAUUAAUGUUGUGCUCGAGUGUUGCGCUGCAGAGCGAAACGUGUUGUCAGCAAGUAGGUUCAAACUACGCUGGUCAUGUGCGCAUGUUACGACGCCACUGAUGACAAGCGUUACGUAUGAGGGAGUUUUAGCUUGACGUACAAGUGUUACACUGACCGUGUCAAUGUGAUAUCGAGACGCUUACGGGAAGAGCAGGGCUAGUGGCAACAUCUUGUGGCGCUGUUUUCAGUUACACUGCUUUCCAGCAGCGUUCUCGGAUCGACUUAGAGAAAUAGUCUCACCUUGCGGAACUGUUAUCGCUUGGAAAAGUGUGAACAUGUCCUAUCGAAGCUUACGUCAAUGCUGAAAUACUUACAUCAGCAAAUAGGCCACAACGGAUUCAAAUGCAAGCUUACGCGCAUUGCUCGCACAAUAUGUAUCCACCAUCUCUCUGCUGUGCUAGGCUACACUACACCUCCGUUGUCAGGGUAAUAACGUAACGGUAAUGCGAUUAACGCUGGUGUGCGAUUCUAGCCACUGUGGAAUUCCACCAUGUUUUUCCUAUUUCAGCCAAUCAAAGAAGCUGUGACCCACUUUUGAGCCAACCAUAGAAGGCAAAAUGGCGGAAUUCGACAACGUGGCCAACUUAAACAGCGUCCCCUGGUGGCUAAGUUUUGCGCUGAUGCGUAGGAUAAGGCCGUGUUCGAAAUGUAUUUGCGUUGUCCUGCUUUCCUUGACAGAAAAUAGGCAAAAUCAACAGCCGUGGUCGAGUUUUCAGUCUAGCAGGUAAGAACUGCAAUGUCGCACAGUAGCACAGUGCGACUUUGGUUGUGCACAGCGUCACAAGAUGUCGCCAUUGCAUAACUGGUGUUCCCGGUGACGUCUCAGUAUUGUAGUAAUACGGUAACGAUCGGUAAUAGGCGUGAAUCUGGCACCUGUUACCUCUGUCGCCAUACGUCCCAAGCACUUACGUCCAAGCAUCACUUUUUUCGCUCUGUAGCAUACUGUACGAGCGCCCUAUAUACCCAAGGCUCAGCGACAGGCUCUGUGAAGGACUGCGAGCUCUUUCGUUCGUUAUCGAAUGAUAUCUUUGGUAUAAUCAUUGCCACAACCAUGUGAAAGUUUUUAAUAAUUGAAUUAAUUUAGAGUAGGGUGGGAAAGAGAUUCCUGUUCACGGCAUAACCGUGUCAGAUGACGGAACAUUCUGUGCUGUCAGCUGCCUCAUGGCUUGUGAGUUAACGCAUGCUUCUUGUGAGUCGUUAAGUUCAGCAUGUGGACUUGUUAAUCAGUUUGUCAUCGAUCAGGCAAAAUGAGAGCAAAACAACACUGUUGUUUGACAACACCAUGCGUUGUCAAACAACAGUUUGACAACGCAUGGCACAUUAAUGUUAUUUUUUCUCUUGUGGUGAUGACACUGCCAAAAUUAAUGCAUAAGACAGGGGUUCACAGGAAGAUGGAUAGAACAGGUAAUUUACAAUAUAGCUAUUGCAGAACUAAGGACAGCUGGGCGUAACACAAAGCUAUUCACGAAACUUAGCACGCCCUGCUUCCGUUGUCGACAAGCGAGGCUUUAUCGCGGCAACUGAAUAUAACACGUGAAACAAUGUAUAAGCACGUUUUUUACAUAUAUAGGGACAUCUCGGAACGUUUUGCAGUUGAAAAGUUGCAGCGCCCACAGGUUUGCACGAUGGCACUUGCAACUUAGAGAUGCGUUCAGGCAAAGGCUCGUCAACGAUGUUUAACUAUUAGAACACGCAUCCGUGGUUAAUGGGGCAUUCGUAGUGAGAUCACAGCAAGACAUCAUUUCUUUAUCUGGCCAGUUUCCGCGCUAGGCUUAAAUAUGUACCAUACACAGCUUUGUUGAGCUAGAAUUAAGUGCUGUCAGUAUAUUUCUGUCAGAAGUGUGUCUUUGUGGUGCUUUCUUGUAUCGCGGUCAUUCCCGUCAUUUAAAUAAGGGUGCGUACUUGGGUCCCAGCGUCUGAGUCAGCUACUGCAGUUUCUAUCAAAAGAAAAAUGUGUUGUAGGAAGUAACACACGUGAACUGCUUUGCAGCCAAAACCACGAACCACUGCCCCUGUAUACUCAAAGGCGCUUCGAUAUUGUAACGUUGUUCAUGUUUCAUGGUCAAAACAUGGCUGCUAGUUCACUGCUUUUGAAGAAAAAAAAAGCAAGAGUUAGUGUUCUAGUUCCACUUCGGACAAACCAGGGUGUUUUUUCAGCUCGAGCUGUGCUCGACGCGAUAUUUUUCCUGCGUUUUCUUGCUUCCACGUUUCGUCCGUGCAACUUCUGCUCUGCCGUCUCCCGAGUGCUGUUGUCGUGCAAAAAACAUGCCUUCCUCCAAGUCGGAACGUCACACUGCUGUCCAAUGUCACUCACACUCGUACCCUUGUAGAUUACUCCUUUUUCAGCUCACGCAGACCAAGAGUUUCUACUCGUUGUCUUUGCUAUAAACAUUAGAAGCUCUGUUAAUGCGUCGAAAUUAGUUAAACCGAAAGCCUUUCACAGACGAAAGUAGAGCCACACGAAAAAGCCCGGUUGGGUAUUGUUGCGUCAGAAACGAUAGCAGCACCGGCAUGCCGAACAAUCAGAAAGUUCUAACUAAAUAAAAUCGGUGCGCAGCCCUUUCAUUUAGGUGUGGCUUGCCGGGUGUCUUAAGGCCAAGAUAUCAAAUGUGCAUUCAUGGCAGUAACCUGGCUUAUACGUUUGAAUAGAGCUUCACUCUGCGCUAUUGUGAUGUAACCGACUUUCGUCCUGUUGUUAAUGCACCGUCAACAGAAAGCCAUAUGGAUCAUUUUUGUCCGGAUCAGAUCUUUGUAAAGUGCGUGUCAAAGCUACGCAAGCCAAUGUACACAUUGCAGAAGUAUUUGUUCAAGCCGUGUAUUGAGCUACCGUGAUGGUCAUGACUUUCUAUUGCUCUGGGGAGCAAAGAAGGCAGCACCAACUCUAUAAAUAUCGCCCUUGGAAAUUUUUUUCAUCGACCUUCAGUAUCGAAUUUCUACGGUUAGCUUGCUGAUGUGUGUAGAAAAUACGCAAUUUGUUGCAAGGGCUGAACGCCAGGAGCGCGGUGGUAGCCCGCUGCAAGGUAUAGAGUCGGUUCCGCUGAAGUGUGGACUGGCUUGCUUACUUUUGAGAGUGGCUCUACAGUUCGUAAGCCGCGCGACCAAGUUCAUCAUUCGGUGCGUGUUCGGCCCACGAGGUCACCGUGUACCCUGAUAUAGUACGUGUCCCCGUAUCAUAGCCUUUAAAAUCUAUAAGAACAAAAAUACAUACACGAAAAUAAAGCUGCACUUUAUUUUGACCUGUCCGACAAUUCACGACUCUGUAUUUUCUACUCCGCCUUUUUCGAGUGCCCGGUGCCUGUGUGUUUUGAACUAUUGUAUUAUAAUAACUAUUAUACCGCUGUUGUGUGACUACAUUGUAACAUAUUAUACCGGAGUAAAAGUGGUGUUUCAUACACAAUAAAAACUGAAAGGUA